GGCUUAUCUGCGGCCAUGGCACGCUCUGCAAACAAACGGGAUCCCGACUGGGAACACUCGGACAGUGAUCCCUCCGACAAUGAACCACCCUCUCAGGAUCCUUCAGAUGAUGAUUGGGGCCCUUCCUCUUCCAAGAAACCGCCUGCUAAACGACAGAAACGCGCAUCGGAACAAGGGAGCGCGAAAGGGAAGCAGCCUAAUCUGAGAGCCCGUAUUACAAUCCUUGCCACGGAUGCUGCCCCUACAACGGGGGAUGUGAACGAGCGUUCACAGGACGUGGACGAUGCUGUCCUGGAAAGGAUCAAGAAGGCGUUGGCCCUUGCUAAUCACGAAAACACAGGAGAGCAGGAGGCGAAACAGGCCAUGAGGAUGGCCUCCAAGCUUAUGUCCCAGUAUAGCGUGACCCAGGCUGAUCUCCUUACGAAGGAGGAUGAUCAACAGAAAUUGAAGCGCGCUGGCAUGUCGGUAGUUGUUAUUGAACAUGUCAAGCAUGCAAGUGUGCGCUGGGAGACGUGGGCAGACGACACUGCGUACGCGAUGACCGUCUUCUUCGACUGCCAAAGUUAUAGUGAGACAUUUGGUAGGUACGGGAAUGUACGCGUCUGCUUUUACGGUUUGGCGGAGCAGACUGUGGCCGCAGCAUACGCAUUUGAAAUGGCAUACAAUCUAAUUUCAAGGUGGGCCCUAGAUAACAACCUCGCCAAGGGCAUCCGCGGCAAAAAUCUGUACAAAAGAGGCGUUGCUCACGGCCUGUGCACCCUCGCCAACAAAGACAAACAGACUGAAGUACAAAAAGCCAUUGAAGCCGAAAAACAUCGCCUUGUGGAGGUCCACAAGAUCGAGGCCGACGAGGACCGGCAACGCUUGAAUCGGCUCAGAAACCUGGAAUCCGUCAAACCGGAGGAACAAGACAGAAAAGUGAAAGUUGAGGACGUAGAAGACGAGGAACUCAAGCGCGAGCGUUCAGAAGAUCUACACCCUUACGGACGCCAUAAAGACGAAGACCCAGAGGAGAUGCCUAUGCCGGCAGUGAAUGGCGGUUAUCCAGCUUAUGCACCUGAAGACGAUGACUCCGGUGACGAUGUCGGCGGUCUGGGUCCUCUGGGCGACGACGACUACAGGGCGGAUUUCGACGCAUCCGACGAGAUCCAGCUGGACCUCGACUCCCUCGAAUCAAAAGUCGAAGCGCGCCGAUCCGUAAAACCCGAACCAAAACUUGAACCGAAACCCGAACAGCCUGAAGCAGGUCCUUCCUGGCAGUCAGAGGGCCAGCUCAUCGCCUUCAGGGAAAACUCCAAAGCGAUCGGGGACGAGUACCUCAAAUCGCAGGGCGUGAAGCUCCGCACCUCGAAUAAGCGACCCGACGUCAGUUUCAGCAGUCGCGAAGACAGAAAGCUAUACGAGCAAGGCAAGCGGGACGCCGCGAAGAUCGAUGUGCGCAGGCGGCGCCUCAAGGGAGCUGAAGAUGACCGUGACUGAAGUCGAGUCGUGGGCAGACAGCACUGCACGAUGACUUUUCAUAUGUAGAACCACCUCUAUCCUACACUCAUUAUAUC